AUGGCUACAAACAGAAGAAUCGUCUCUCAGGAGAAGACGCAUCUUGAUCAGGACGAAGUCCAACAACAGCCAUCCAUCAUCGCCCCUGCCGUGCCACAACAUGUCAUUGUCAAGCUGUUGCUCUUCUCAUUUGCCAUGAUUGUUCUCCCCAUUUCGUCCUACUUUUUGACUGUCGACAACCUCUUCUCUGGCAAUUCUACUUUUGCUGGUGCAACUGCCGCAAUUCUCGCCAACGUCGUCUUGAUUGGCUACAUCAUCGUUGCCAUGAAGGAAGAUGCUGGUGAACGUGCAGAGGCUGAGGAGAAUGACAAAAAGUCGCGUUAA